AUGCAGUCCGUGGUUACAUAUGAAAAGCCUUUGCCGCAUUUAAGUUUACCAGAUUGGGAUGCUCGAUUAUACGGACUACAGGUAACAGCUGAUACCAGGAGAGCAGAUGCAUUUGAUCUGCGUCAUAGCGCACGACAACUCCGUAAUGAAACAAGAAUCAAGACCGAAUGGGACAGUUACCACAACAAUAAUCGUCUGAGAGCCAGAGUGUAUGAGAUCGAACAAUGGAAGUCAACGCUCCAAGAACUUUUGAAUCGUCUGGAUAGAGAAAUGAAUGCCUUGAAGGAAGAAAAGGCGUCUACUGAGCGGGAAUUAGAACAGCUUAACCUACCUCUAUUAGUAUGCUCCGAGUGCCUAUCAAAUCGAGAUGGUAGAAGAAGCUCAGAAUUAACAUAUGAUCUUGCCGAUACGGAGUUGAAAAAGGAACUGUGUGUUACUGAAAGCAACAAAAAGUUGUUGAUUGACCGCUGCCAAUCCGCGUGGGAAAAGAUCAAUAGACUUGAAGUGGUAAAAUUUAAACUACAGCUUGAUCUAAACGAUAAGAAUGAAGCUUUACAAAUCGACAAGGAUAUGCUCAAUCUAGACAAAGACUGCGCCAAUAUCACCUAUAAAACAGACCCUUUAAAAACCCCCAAAAGAAUGAUAACGUAUGAACAAUGGCUAGAGAAGUGCGAAGCGACAAAGAAAAUGGCUGAAGACGAGCUGCAGGACACUCUGCGUCUUCGUGAAUCGCUAUUUGUGGCCCGGGAACGUGCGAGAAACACAUUGCGUGCCCAAACUGACGUCACCAACUACAUGAUGCGUAAACGUAUAUACGACACCCAGCGGGCUAGGAACGAAUUGCAGUGGCAGAAAAUGAAGAUGGAAGAGAAUAUGGAUAAACUUACCGCCGAAUUGAAGAUAAUGGGUGAGCAGUUUGCUGAUAAAGUGAACGCUUUAAAAGUAGCAGAAACGCGUUUGGAAACACGCGGAUACAGACCAGGUAUUGAACUGGCUUCGGACGAAGCGGAUCUUGGUUUGAAAGAAGAAGUUCACAACCUUAAAGAGUCGAUUCGUCAACUACAAGAAAAACUGGACUGUGCUAAAGCAACGUACAAUGCGUUAGAAGCAGCCUCUAUAAAGAUUGCUUUAGAUUUAAAUGACAAGGAGCAUUCUCUGGAAACAGACACUAGAGCUCUAGAAAUGAGGGCUGCCUUAGAGCCAAAGCGACUUCAAGGCCUCGAGAGAAAUUUGGUCCUGGCGCGUAUAACAGACGAAGUACCGAAAAUGGAAAUGUAA